AUGGCAUCCAACGAUCCUCGAUUCGAUGACUCGUCGGACGAGGAGGACUUCAAUCCUGCUCCUGCUGAGUUGUCCGACGAAGAGCCGGACCGUGACGAACAGCGCGGGGAAGAGAAGCGCCACAAGAGCCCUGAUCGCGACGACAAUGAUGAUGCCGAUGAGAACACGUCGCCAGCACGUCCAAAACACGUAGACGACGAGGAAGAGGACGACGAUGAAGAUGAGGACGUCAAGGGCAAGAACGACGACGAUGACGAAGAGGAGGAAGAAGAAGAGGAUGAGGACGACGAGGAUGAUGUGCAAAGAGGUCAUCGCAGAAAGCGCCGUCGCGACAGAAGAAAUGCUUUCCUCGAUAUCGAAGCCGAAGUCGACGACGAAGACGAGGCUGAGGAUGAUGAGAAGGAAGAUGAAGAAAUAGGCGACUUUAUCGACAACGAGCAUCCCGACGACCUCGCCGAUACUGCACGACUCAACGAUGAUCGCCGCCACCGAGAGCUUGAUCGCCGCCGCGACAUGGAGUCGAGUUUGGAUGCUGAAAAGCAAGCUGAGCUCUACCGACAGCGCUAUGCUAAAUACCGCUCUGGAAAAGGAUCGGGCGAAUCUGCCGUCGUCCCCAAGCGCCUGCUUCUCCCUAGUGUUGAUGAUCCAGGUAUUUGGGCAGUGCGAUGCAAGGAAGGCAAGGAGCGCGAGGUGGUCUUUUCCAUCAUGAAGCGCAUCGAGGAACGUAUGGGUUCAAAGGGCGAACUCGCAAUCACUGCCGCCUUUGAGCGUGGUGGGACAAACUCUGUCAUGAAGGGCAUCGUCUACAUCGAGGCCCAGCGCCAGACGGAUAUUCUGGUUGCUCUCGACGGCAUUCUGAACGUAUACCCUCGAACCAAGAUGACCCUAGUCGACAUCAAGGAUAUGCCUGAGCUGCUACGCGUGACGAAGACGCCUACUCUGGAGCCUGGCGCGUGGUGUCGAAUGCGCCGCCCCAUCAAGCACAAUGGCGACCUUGCCCAGGUCCUGGCCGUGACAGAAAACGGACUCGAAGCUCGAGUCCGCUUCAUCCCGCGACUUGAUUACGGUAUGCGCGACGAUGCUCUCGGCAGUUUGUCACAAGAUGGAAAGAGAAAGCGGGCCUUUGGAGGCGGCCCUAAGCCUCCUCAGCGUCUCUUCAGUGAGGUGGAAGCCCGGAAGCGUCAUCCGCGAUAUAUUCAGGGCAAUCCAACCACAAACACCUGGACCUACAUGGGUGAUGAGUUUGAAAACGGGUUCCAGGUCAAAGAUGUCAAGAUCCAGCAGCUCAUCCUUGUCGACGUGAACCCUACACUGGAGGAAGUCACGCGAUUUGCUUCUGGCGCUGAGGACGGUACCGAAAAUCUCGAUUUGAAGGCGCUUGCUGCUAGUCUCAAAGACAGCAACACCAAGGUGACUUAUCUGCCUGGAGAUGUGAUUGAGGUCUAUUCUGGUGAACAGAAGGGCGUUGUUGGCAAGGCUACCAAUGUGCAGGGUGAUAUUGUUACCAUGACUGUCACGGAAGGCGACCUGGCUGGCCAGACAAUUGAGGUGCCAAUCAAGGGCUUACGCAAACGCUUCAAGAUUGGUGACCACGUAAAGGUCAUUGGUGGCAGCAGAUUCCAGGACGAAGUCGGAACUGUGGUCAAGAUUUCAGAGGACAAAGUGACUCUGCUGACAGACCACACCAACAACGAAGUGACUGUCUUCAGCAAGGAUCUUCGCGAAGCAAGCGACAUUGGUGGACAGGGAUCACUCGGUCAGUACUCGCUGCACGAUCUUGUUCAACUGGACAUGACCACGGUCGGUUGCGUUGUCAAGGUUGAUCGCGAUUCCAUGGUGGUGUUGGAUCAAUUCGGAGACACGAGACAGGUCAUGCCGUCGCAGAUUUCCAACAAGAUUCCCCAGAGAAAGCAGGCGGUUGCUGCUGAUCGCGAGGGUUCCGAAAUUCGACUCGACGAUGUUGUCAAGGAGUACACUGGCCAGCAGAGACAAGGCAAGAUUAUUCACAUUCACCGCUCAUACGUCUUUCUGCAUACCAACGACUCCAACGAAAAUGCCGGUGUCUUUGUUACAAAGGCCAGCUUGGUCAACACUGUGGCUGCCAAGGGUGGCCGUGUCAACGCCGCCGCUUCUGGUCCUGACUUGACCACGAUGAAUCCCGCGCUCAAGGUCCACAAGAACGGCUCCGAAAACAAGCCUAUCACCCCCAUCAAGAUGUUUGGUCGUGACAAGGCUAUCAAUCAGACUGUGAUCAUCAAGAAGGGCGCUUACAAGGGACUGUUGGGCAUCGUCAAGGAUUCCACAGACACGCAUUGCCGUGUUGAGCUGCACACCAAGAGCAAGAUUGUCACGGUGCCGCGAGACUCGCUCAACUUCAAGGAUAAGACGAGCGGGGCCUCAAUCGACAUCAAUGGCAGGGGCCGAGGUGCGCCCGGAUUCGGCCGCGGGGAUAGAAUGCCCAGCUGGCAGGGUGGAUCUCGCACGCCAGCUGCUGGUGGUGCCGGCGACCGGGUUCCAGCAUGGGGUUCGCGUACGCCGGCUGCCGCGGGUGGUCGGACUCCGGCGUGGAAGGGCCAAGACUACUCGGGCUCGCGUACGCCUGCGUGGGCUGAUGGGUCACGAACAGUCAACCCGUACGACGGCAGCCGCACAGCGUAUGGUUCCGGCUCUCGUACGCCUGCCUGGCAGUCUGGGGCCAGAACGCCAGCUCCUGGCGACGCGUUCGGUGCUGGCUCGCGAACUCCUGCUUAUGGCGGCGGCGGCGGCGACAGCUGGGCCUCGGGCUCCAAGACGCCUUCGUGGGGUGCCUCUGCUCCCACACCCGGAGCCAUGGGCAACGAUACAUGGGGCUACACGCCUGGUGCCGGUGCCGGUGCGUACGACGCGCCCACCCCAGGCGGCGCUCUCGGCGCUCCUACUCCGGGCGCUUUUGGAGCACCGACGCCGGGUGCCUACUCAGCCCCGACGCCCGCAGCGAGCGCUCCCACGCCUGGUGCGGGAUGGCAGGGCGGCUGGGGCGCGGAUUCUGCGCCUACACCGGCUGCAGGCGCUCCGACCCCAGCGGCGAGCGGGUACUAUGGUGCUCCUACGCCGGCGGCACCUCCCGAGACGCCUGGUGCCAGCGGUCCGCGAUAUGUGGAGGACGAUGAUUAA